AUGCAUAAAAGAAUUAGAACGAGACUUUUAGUUUUAGUGUUUGCCAUAAGUAUUCUUGCCUCAAUAACAUAUAUCAGUUCAUGUGAUACUUACAAUUUCCCAACACCAGUUGGAAUAAUACCUCAUUCUUAUGAGAACUCGAUAAAAUAUACUAAACCACAAGUAGGUCAAGUAAAAGCUCAACCAAGGCAUAUUUUUUGGGAUAAAGUUUUCAAUAUAUUUGAUGCUGGCAGCUUCAAUGUUACAGGAAUCGAUAAAAAAGACGCCAUUCAGUACGUUGAUAGAAAACUUCAAAUCAAAGGUCCUAAUACUAAAAAUGUCUUGUUAUCCAGAGCUAUAGUGGAGCCUAUAGUAUUUAAUGAAUUGAAAAACAAACAUGAUUUAGUAAAAUAUCAUUUACCUAAAAGAUUAGAAUCUUCUACCUACAAAUCAGGGACUAGUGGGAUAGUUAUAAUAGGGGGAGGAAAGUUUUCUUGGUUGGCAUAUUUAUCAUUGAAAGCUUUAAGAAAUACUGGAUCUACUUUACCAGUAGAAAUAAUUAUGCCUCAAUAUGAUGACUAUAUUAAGGAACAAGAAUUUUGUUCUCAAGCAUUACCAAAAUUAAAUGCUCAAUGUGUAAUACUCCCUGAGGUUUUGGGUGCCUCAGUGAUGUCGAGAUGGUCUGAUAAAAUGGCUAGUUAUCAAUUGAAAUCUUUAGCUUUAAUGGUUUCAACUUUCCAGAAUGUGUUAUUGUUAGAUUCUGAUAAUGUGUUGGUUCAAAAUCCUGACAAUUUAUUUAAGAGUGACCUAUUCAAAACAAAUGGUAUGAUAACUUGGCCAGAUUAUUGGAAACGUUCCAUAUCUCCUUUGUUCUAUAACAUUUCUAGAGUUCAAGUCAAUGAAAAGAAGAGAAUAAGAUAUAAUAGAUUCCCCUUAUUUGUUGACUCUUCAACAAAAGAGAAUGUUCAGACGCUUGAAAAUGAAGAAGAAAACGUUCCAUAUCACGACUUGGAAGGUACAAUCCCUGAUUUAUCUACCGAAUCGGGACAAUUGAUGAUCAACAAGAAAACUCAUUCUUGUACACUUUUAUUAUCAAUGUACUAUAACCUAUUGGGCCCUGAUUUAUAUUACAAAUUAUUCUCUUUGGGUGAACCAGGAGAAGGUGAUAAAGAUACCUUCCCAGCUGCUGCAGUAGUUUGCAAAGAAAAAUUCUAUCAAGUUAAAUCAUUUAUUAGAACUUUUGGAUAUUUUGAUAAUGGGGGUAAUUUCAGAGGCGUAGCUAUGGGACAGAAGGAUCCCCUUUUUGAUCUCGGCAAGACUGAAACUCAUUUAACAAAGCCUGAUGGAGUAAGUGAGAUAAAAUUUAAAUCAAUACCCAAACAAAUUGAAAGACUUAAAGGAAUUGAAGGUGAACAAUUCGAUACUUGGCCAGUACCUUUGUUUGCUAUUCAUUGCAAUUUCCCUAAAUUAGAUCCAAUUGGCUUGAUGGAAAGAGAUGAUUUGUUUGAUGUGAAAAACUUCAGACUCAACUACAGAAUGUUUGAUGGUUUAACAUACGAUGAUCCGAAUAAUGAGGGUAAUAAGUUAGACUUUGAAUUGGAACAAUGGAAGAAUAUGGAGUCUUCUUUAUGUGAUGAAGAUCCAGGAUUCUCUCAUUUUCGAAAAAAUGAAAUUCAGUAUUAUUGUUUAUUCGCCAAAAGUCAAGUGAAAUGGUUAAGUUCUUCUGUAUGA